AUGCCUACAAGUCCUGAAUCAUACUUCGAUAGCUUCCACAAAACAUCCCAAGGAGAGUUUAAAAACUCGUACUACAACCCGUUCCAUGUUAAGCCAAGAAAGAGAACCAGCAAAGAGCAGCUGGAGGUUCUUGAGAAGACAUUUGAAACAAACAUAAAGCCAGACGCAGCGCUAAGGAAGGCCCUGGCCACAAAGCUAAGAAUGACCCCUCGAAGCGUGCAGGUGUGGUUCCAAAACAAGAGAGCAAAGGUGAAGAACACAAAGGCUCCAGCGGAGAAAAAGGAGGCGGAAAAAGAGAUAGAGCUCGAAUCGCUCUUCAUCAAAAAAGAGAACAAAAAAGAAGACUACGAAUGCUUCCUGUCCAACUAUUCAGGAUACACCAAAGAGUACGGGAGCGUUCCACAAAAACAUUAUUUGGAAGAGUCGCAUCACCAGUUCAAAGAAGAAGACCUGGAGACCUUAGACAAGCUGGUGCUGGGAGAAGAGAACGUAGAAAAGAACAAAAAGAAAAAGAAAGACGAGUUUUGCACGUUCUAUUCAAUGGCAAACACUCUGCAGUUUGACCCUAGCAACUAUCUUAAUUAA